CUUACCAUCAUACUUGAAGACAAACUUCACAAACCCAUGUAUAUUUUCUUGUGUAAUCUGUGCUUUAACAGCCUUUACGGGACUGCAGCAUUUCACCCUAAAUUCCUUUUCGACCUGCUGGUCAACACUUAUGUCAUAUCUUACGCUGGUUGUCUCCUGCAGGCUUUUUUCAUUUAUUCUUAUGCAACAACUGAUUUCUCUAUUCUAGCUGUGAUGGCCUACGACAGAUAUCUGGCUAUAUGCCGCCCUCUGGAGUACAACGCCAUCAUGAUAAAACAAAGGAUUGCCUUUUUGGUGUGUUUCUCCAGACUUGUACCUAUGAUUUGUAUGUCUGUCGUGGUGAUUAUGUCCUCCACGCUGACAUUGUGUGGGUCCCACGUGGACAAACUAUACUGUGAUAACUGGUCUGUCCUCCUGCUCUCCUGCCAUUCAACAACAUCCAACAACAUUUUUGGUUAUUUGGUCAUCAUUCUGUAUUUCUCCCAUGCUCUUUUCAUCAUGUCCUCCUACGUGCAGCUGCUGAAGUUCUCCCUGAAAUAUCGAGAUCGCAGGAAGAAGUUCCUGCAGACGUGCACGCCCCAUUUGUUCUGUCUGAUUAACGUCACCACAGCUCUUCUUUUUGACGUCAUGUACGCCCGAUACGGGUCCAAAUCCAUGGCACAGAGCCUGAGAAACUUCAUGGCCAUCCAGUUUCUGAUCAUUCCUCCUCUUUUCAACCCCAUCAUAUAUGGUCUUAAUUUAACUGAAUUGCGUAGCAGCUUUUUAAGAUUGACUAAAACCAACAAACAGCUCAACAGGUUAAG